AUGGCGCCCAGCACAGAGAGCAAGCGCGAUGUCGAGAAGCAACCUGAAGUGGGCGAGGGCGAAUUAAUGGCCCAGAAGACCAACGUUGAGGGCAUCAGCGAGGAGCUGCCAUACGAUGCGGCGCUCGAGAAGUCUUUGCGAUGGAAGCUCGACACCAGACUUCUACCCUAUCUGGCGCUGAUGUACCUCUUCAACGCGCUUGACAGAUCGAACUUGGGCAACGCUCGAACUGAUACGCUGGAAGAGGACCUCGGCAUGCACGGCAAUCAAUACCUGUUGACGCUGAUGUUCUUCUACGUCACAUUCUGUGGCCUCGAUCUGCCCGCCAAUAUGCUUACGAAGAAGGUCGGCCCGCAUUUGACACUGCCGACCAUGAUGUUGGGCUGGGGCACGACGACAAUCCUCCAGGCCAGCGCCUACAACUGGGCAGGCUUGCUGGCUUGCCGUAUUUUCAUGGGUGCCUUUGAAGCCGGCUUCAUGGCAGGCAUUGUCUACUAUCUCACAACCUUCUACCGUCGCAACGAGCUAGCCCUGCGCAUCUGCAUCUUCUACGGCUCGGCAACUAUUGCGGGUGCCUUCAGCGGCCUGCUGGCCUUCGGCGUCUUUCAAAUCGAGGGCUCUCUGGCUGGCUGGCGAUGGCUAUUCCUGAUCGAAGGCGCAGUCACCAUCAUCCUAGCCAUCAUCUCAUACUUCUGGAUUCCCAAGGACAUCAGCAGCUGCCGUUUCUUCACCGAGGAGGAGAAGGUGGUUGCUGUGAGACGCAUCCUCGCCGACAGCUCGCGCGAAGCCGAGGAGAAGUUCAGCUUCAAGGCUUGCAUGCAGGCCAUCUUCCACUGGCGAGUCUUCACCAACUCGGUCAUUGCACUCAGCUACGGUAUCGCAUCUGCCACCGUCGGCAAUUGGAUCCCCAUCAUCGUGCGCAGCUUGGGCUACUCCACCAUCAAGACCAACCUGUACACGGUCGCUCCCUACGCCGUCGGAUGCGUGGUCCUCCUCUGUCUCUGCACCUCGUCCGACUACUUCCGCGAACGGUCAACCCAUCUCAUGGCAGCCAUGACCAUGACCUUCGUCGGCUUCAUCCUCCUCGCCACCAUGGAUCCCAAAGAACAUCUCGGCGUAGCCUACUUCGCCUGCUUCCUUCUCACCUCCGGCGCCUUCGCUCCCUCCGCCAUCUUCCACACCUGGCACAACAACAACGACACAACCGAGAACGCCCGUUCCGCCGUGACCGGCGUCAUGGUCGGCGCCGCCAACGCCGGCGGCAUCGUCAGCUCUCUCUCCUUCCAGGAACGCACCGCGCCCCGCUACAUUCCCGCGCUUAUCGCCGGUGCCGCCUUCCAGGCCUUCGGCAUUCUGCUCAUCUUCUCCCUGGCAAGCUACUACCGGUGGGACAACAGGAAGCGGGAUCGCGCCCAGGGCGUCAAGCUGCGCGCGGGUGACGUGUCUACGGAGCGCAUGACGGGCAACGUCGAUGACCCGCUUUGGCGCUGGACUACUUAA